GAAUUAAAUUAUUGGAUAUUUAAUCUUAAUUAUACAAAAAAAAGGUUCAAUUUUUCAUCAAUGGAGUCUUCGACGACCGAGACACCUCCAAAGCCCCCGUCGCAGAACCAUGAGCAACAUGAUGAUGAAUUACAGAAGGGUUUUGCUGACGACAACCACCAUUAUCUCCGCCGUGGGGUUCCGGCGGAGGAGCUGAAUCUUAUCGACGGCCUGAAAAUGGGUUUACCGGAACCGAGGGUAUUUUCGUGUAAUUUCUGUCGGAGGAAAUUUUAUAGCUCACAAGCACUUGGAGGCCAUCAAAAUGCCCAUAAAAGAGAAAGAGCGUUGGCUAAAAGAGGCGGUCAACGACUGCCGGCAUUCGGUGGCUACCACCACUACGCAUCGGCGGCGCCGUUCAGAUCGAUUGGAAUUCAGGUUCACGCAAUGGUACAUAAACCGCCUCACCACGCGCCGGCUUUUGGAAUCCUCUACGGUUGGUCCAGAACUCCGAUCCAUCAACGGCCCGAUGUGGGGAAGCUACCGGUGAUGAACGCCGGGCAUGCGAUUAAUCAUACCUCCGGUAGGAUGGACUUCGACGUGGAGCGAUCAACGGCGGGUGGCGGCGUUGGUUUGAAGAAUAAACAAGAGGAGGAGAGGCACAAAGCACUGGACUUGUCUCUGAAGCUGUAAUUAGACACAGAUUUUGCUCUCCACUUUACAACCUUAAGAAUUACGAAGAAGAAGGGUUUAUUAAAGUG